CUAGUGGAUUUUUAAUAUUUUGCGUAUCGUCAAUCAUCAAUCGUAGGCCUAUGUUUGUGUGGUGUUAUCGCAUGAGAAAGGAGCUUGGAUGCGUACUUUUCAUUAUUUUUAAAAAUCCAUCUAUUGUCUAAGACAAAGAGUAUCGUUUGUAUUUGUGGAAUUUCAGAUUACGAGAUUCACCUGCCAGUAUUAACUAUACGAACGAGAUGGCUUCGCAAAGUCAAAGAAGAAGUCACCGCAUUGCAGGGUUUCGUGGCUGUAUUCCAGCUGUUGUGAUUUUUGUUUUCACACUGCAGUGCAUUCAUCAAUGUAGUAGUAGUCCAUCAUCAAAGAAGAAGGUAUCUUCUCCAGCCUCUACAACAACAGGUGAUGCUGGUGGUUCACCUGCGAAGCAAACUUUACCAACUUGUCAACUGGAUGAUUUUCAUUUCGAAUACACGGCAUGUCGCACUGAUGGCGUAAGAUGGCGAGUGUCUGUUCCUGAUCCAGAAACAUGUGAAAAUGGCGGGCCUCCUCCACCGGUGCGGGCUGUAGAUUGCGGUAUUGAUGAUUUUCAUUUCGAAUACACGGCAUGUCGCACUGAUGGCGUAAGAUGGCGAGUGUCUGUUCCUGAUCCAGAAACAUGUGAAAAUGGCGGGCCUCCUCCACCGGUGCGGGCUGUAGAUUGCGGUUUUACAUGUGAAGCUGGUAAAUACCUGGAUAUUCAAAAUACACAGACCUGUAAAGAUUGUCCUGCCGGACAGUAUUCCUUGGGCGGAGGCCAGCGCUUUGAAGGAUGGAGCAAGAUUCCUCAUGGCUUUGAGUCGGUAUCAGAAAAAAUUGACAGCGAUUGGGCAACAAGUACAUCCAACUGCAGCGAAUGA